CGUUCUCCACUGUGAAAUGUUGAAAGGCGUAAACACUUCAUUGUAAGAACCAAAGUCUGGGUCAAAACACUCACACAGUUAACUCCCCGUAUACCAAUCAUGGCCGACAAGGCUACGGAGCACGGGCAGGAGUUACACCUACUGAAAUCUUCUCGAACUCGUCUGUACCAAGAACAGGAUGAAGACAGUAUACGAGAUCUAUCGGCAAAGGGUGAGGGGUUGAGUGUUAUCCAGACGGUUUUAUCGCUGAGUGCAUGUACCUGUGGAUAUGGCUCUAUGGUGACGUCAGUGCUAGUGGUCAGUACAGGAUGGCUUGGGCUUGUCACCGGUGGUCUCGUUUAUUCCGCUGUUGUUUUUACCAUGGUGCUCCUAGCACGCUGCUGGAACAUGGUUCGCGAGAAAUAUCCAACAGAGCGUCAUCCGUAUGGGGCGAUUAGCUCUGAGGCCCUUGGUAGCCGAGCAGGAACUGUCGUGAAUAUUCUCCUGGUCUGUGUAUGUUUCUUGUCCGGUGCAGCUAUACCUCUGGCCGGUUCCGAACUAAUAAUGCUCCUCGGUGUUCCGGUACUCCGGGGUUACUUCUGCUAUUUCCCCGUUGCGAUAGGCAUCGUUGCCUGCCUGCUAACGAUUCUGAAGACACCCAAAAAUAUUUGGCUGGUUUCGUUGCUGUCCUUUUCAUGUAACAUUGCUGCAGCCACGGUCGUUCUCUUUGGAAUGAUUUUAUCGAAUGAUGGGGAAUCGAGCAGUGCAACCAACGAUGACACUCCGGAUGACGAGACCCCUCUUCUCCAUCUUGCAGAAAUUAUUGGGGUACUGAUAUAUAUAACCGGUGUCCACUACAUACUCCCAACGAUACAACAGGACAUGAAAGAACCGUCGGAUGCUGGAAAGGUUGUUAUUAUAUCGGCUUGUGUAAACACGGUCGCAUUCUUGCCUAUUAUCAUUACGGUUUUCAUUAUCUACGGGUCGACUAGAAGCGCAACCGGGAAUGCCUCUGCUUUGACGUUGCUCCCCGAUGGUGCCUUCAAGACCAUUGGCUCGUCAUUGAUCAUGGUGCAUCUUAUACAGGUUAUACUUCUCUGCAACAAUCCCUUGUAUCAGUUCUUGGAGGAGAAACUUGAUAUACCAUCGGGUGAUUUCAGCUGGAAACGACUAGUUCUACGCCCCUUGGUUAUACUCCUCCAGAUUUUCUUGCUAGAAACGGUUCCUCAAGUCAACCUGUAUUUUGCAAUAGUUGGAGGUUGUUUCUUGCCAUCUGUUGGGCUUUUCCUACCAGCAUUGUGCUAUACACGCCUCAAGCGAAUACAGCUUCAAGAAAACGGGAUCAGUAAAACACCGAAACUAUUUUUACUGGAAACAUUCGUCUGCUGGUUGAUCAUGGGGCUCACACCGCUUAUAAUGGCCACCGUCCUGUACGUUACGGUGUCUGAGAUGGUAGCUGGACGGACUGUGUUUACCGUGCCGUGCUAUGUUAACGCAACACUAGCUCACCCAUAACUCAAGAAAAGUCCAUAGAUCGAAUGGGAGACUUUGGAACGCUAGGUGGCAGCAGACUUAUUAUGGCCACCGUCAUGUUCGUCAUGGUGUCUGAUAUGGUAGCUGGACGGACUGUGUAUACCGUGCCAUGCUAUGCAUUAAAAGGGUUUUCACCAGUUUUUUUUUCAACUUCACAUUUGCUAAUCAUACAUUUAUGGUAUAUUAUAGUAUGGAUGGGGUAGACUUAGUGAAACCCGGUAAGUGUUUGCUUGAUUUGGGAAUGCCAUACAGGACAAGAAAGACAACCGACACAAAAGACAUAAUCUUUACUAGAACGACAAACUGUAAUAUCUAUAUAUUUGCGAUCAUCCUUUAUUGGCGGUUUAAUAACAGUCAGUCAAGUGUGUUGUUAAACCCUAUUAACCAAAAUGCCCCUUUCUAACCAUGUACAUCAACAAUGAAAUAAAUUUGUAAUGAGCUUUAUUUUUCGCAGGAAGUACUUUUUCAUAAACAUUGUAAAAGUUUGUCUUUCAUGCACCUUGAAUUAAUUAUGGUUACUUAAAGGAACACGUUGCCUUGGAUCGGUCGAGUUGGUCUUUGAAAAGCGUUUGUAACCGUUUG